GGACAAGUACAUGUUCCACCAAGCCAACAUUAUUCCGGCAGGGGACGUCGGCGACGGAAGCCAGUCCCUGCUCGAGUACUGGUACGAGCGCGUCUUGGAGGUGUUCUCCAGCUACAUCACCUUCCCGGUUAAGAGCAUCAAGUUCGACGACCUGUGCACCGAGUUCACGCUCCACGAGGCCCUGGAUGACUCGAGCCCGUACGUCACCAUGACCCUCGACGAAACCGGGGCUGUCACUGGCUUGUCCUACGUCUCGGGCAGCGGGGCCGGCCACGUGCCACUUACGGUCCCGACCGCUUCGGCCGCCGGGGUAAGUUCCGAGGCUCGCCACAUUGAUCUGAAAACAGACUUGCGGUUUCUGCACGCGGCUUACUGA